UUUCUCGUGUGAGAUUGGGCAAGUCUUACUGUGUUUCAGUUCCCCAUCUGUAAAAUGGGGAUAAUAGCUCUGUCUCACAGAGCAUUCUGAGGUUAAAUACAUUAAAAACUGUGAGUUGCGCAGACACUAUAGUGAUGGGGGCCAUACAAGUACCUGGAGUGGACAGACGUAUUUAGAAAGGAUAUUCCUGGCUACAUUAAGCAGGAUCUCUGAUGUCUAGUUUCUUUUAUUAUCUUCUUUAUAACUGCAGUUUAGAGCAUCACUUAGAAAAAGAAUGGGAAGGGGAGUCAAUAUGAAGUCAGGUAGCAACAGAACUGUACAUAAACGCUGAAACACAACUGAUGCUUUGUGUGCUACAUCCCUUUGUUUCAGACACGGGAAUGGUACUGAAAGUUGUGAGUAUUACAAAGGAUAAGUAGACUAUGGAGGAGGUAGUACUGGAAGAGCUGCAGAUUUUCAAGCAUCCAUCAUUUAUCUCAACUAUGGAGAUGUCCCUGAAGCAGCAACAAUUGUACAGAUGGAUGGAUUGGUUCAGCUCUCUCUGCACAGAUGUCACACAUAUGGGAAGGCUUGUGCAGACUGCUGCCUUGCCAGAGACCCAUACUGUGCUUGGGAUGGAAACUCAUGUUCCAGAUAUGCACCAACUUCUAAAAGGCGAGCCAGGAGGCAAGAUGUCAAAUAUGGAGACCCAGUCGCUCAGUGCUGGGAUGUGGAAGAAAGCAUUAGUCAUGAAACUACUGAUGAAAAGCUGAAGGCUGAUGAGAGGAUCAUCAAAACGGAAUACGGACUGCUGAUCCGCAGCCUGCAGAGAAAGGACACAGGGGCGUAUUACUACAAAGCACAGGAGCACACGUUCGUUCACACCAUCAUGAAGUUAAAUUUGAAUGUUAGAGAGAACGGGCACAUGGAAAGCACUCAGAAAAUGGAGGAUGAAGAGGGACGGAUGAGAGAUUUGCUCACUGAGUCGUGGCUGAGGUGCCAGGAUUACAUCCAAUUCGUCAGCAGCCCCAGCUUCAACCUGGAUCAGUGGUGUGAACAGAUGUGGCACUGGGAGAAGCGACAGCAGUGGAACAAAGGUGGGGCACAACGGAAGCACAUGCAGAAGAUGAAGAAAAAGCGAAAUCGAAGGCAUCAUGAACCUGUCAACAGCCCAGAUGCCAGGCCAACAUCUACAUUCCUUUUAUAUUCUAUUUAAAGAAAGAACAUUUAA